UCGUCGUUGUCGUCAUCGUCGCGUUGUUGACCAGUACUCGAUAGGUACUCCGCCUGGUACUCGCAGGUGAGCUUUUCGGUCGCGUUUUGUCAGUCGCACGUUUCGCGUCGUUGUGGUUGCGUUGGUAACGUUCGAUAAAUAAACAGUCAGAGUGAGUGCGUGUUUUCGAUGGUUGAAUGUGUCAAAAAUUGCGCCGAUUUCGAAUUUCACAUUAGGUGGGUAGAAAGGUACAUGCAUAUAGCACAGUGCUUUGCAUACAAUCUAGACUUUCGAUCGAUACUGGAUACUUGGUCGUUCACUUUUGCUAAUUAGCAAAACAAAAAAGUUAUCGGUGCGCACUGCGGGGAACCUGCUGAUAGCGAUUGAUUGGUGAUUAGUGAGUGCUAGUGCUUUGGUGGGUUUUCGUGCGGUAACGAAGAAGCGAAACAUUCGCAAAAAAAAAAAACAACGUAAGCAAUGUCCUAAACACCACCCGGAGAAGACAAAAAGUGAAAGAGUGCUACGACGAAAAAAAAAAAAACAAACGAACAAUUAGUUACAAUCAAACGAAUAACGAACGAGAUAACGAGAGAGAUUACAACGACCUCGCGAAAAAGAUAUCAUUGUUGUGCGGUGGGUGACGACACGACGAUGACGAUGAAAGUGGGUGAAACGAAUGCUGUUGCAUAGCUCAGCUGUUAUCUGAAAAGUGAAUGUUUAAAGACUUAAGCCUCAAGUGGUGCUAAUGAAUCAAUGGAUUGCAGAUCGAUGAUUACAACUCAAACAUCGCAGGAAGGAACACACUAAAACGAAAUAAAAAAAAACCGCGAGCGAGCGAGCAGCGAGUGUGCUUCGAUCGAUUUGAUGAGGUGUGCUUUUGAUGCCUAUGUGCCCACAAUCAUCGACGUCCUACCUGUUUUCCAUCGUCCGUCCGUGUACCGUCGUCCGGUCGUCCGUACUCCGUACUCGCCGAUGUCGUGCACUAUUAUGGACGGUCGACUCCGACUAUGGCAUGAUGAUGAUGGUGAUGUUGAGGACCUGUUGUUGUAGCUCGCGGUCGUCGGUUGUAAGUCGUCGUUGUCGUCAUCCAUCGUCGUGUCCGUAGUCGGUGCGCGGAGGAUUGAUUGAAGUUUUGAAGUUGCUCCUGCGAGGUCGUCCCCGUCCGUCAGUUCCUCGAGAGCGUUCAUCACUGGUAGUGUGCGACGUCGGUGCUAUCAUAUAGGCUCGCGAGAUUUUCCUGUGAUCGGAACUCGUUUGAAUUAAAGUUUACAAGCGUCGGUUUUUUGUUCAGGAGAUCCAGUAGAACGAUGAUGUGAGCUGAGCGUGUAUUUCUGUGUUUGCAAUCUUGUUAAAACGGUCGAACGUGACGGAAUCCAGUAUGUUUCGGUUUGCUGAAAGUGAAGAAAUUCUAGGUCAAUGAAUUUCUCGGUUUUGAAUAAGAGUGAUAAAAUGUUUUGAAAGAGUUGUGAUUUUUUACACGAGAGCCCAGUUAAGCUUGGUAGCAAUACGAAAAAAGAGGGAAAAUGGAGCAGUCGUAGUAAGUGAACGUGAUAUUUUUAUCGUAUCGGGUGCCAUAUCUAGAUAAGGGUUUCCAGCGAGCAAUCAGUGAAUGUGCGGGGUCUUGGGGCGCCCAAACUCGUUCUGUGUAUGCCGAUAAGGCUCAACGAGAUUGGUAGAUGAAGAAUGUGAUUGAAAUCCCGGGCCGAAAAGAGUGAUAUCCAAGUGACGCGAAGAAUAAAUAAUCGUUUUGUGUUAAUCAAAGUUGCUGAAUAUGGAUCGCGACCAAUCGCGACCGACAUCAAACACAAUGGAUACCGACGACGUCGUCGCUGCUGAUAUGGGCAGGGACAUGGCUCAGAAUCAGCCACAGGAGCCGGACGACGAAUACGAGCUGGAGCUGGAGCGCCGGCUAGAUAUGGGCCGGCGUUCCUCUCAGGGUGGUGGCGACGAGGAAGAGGAAUACUACGACGACGACGAGAUAGACGGUGACUUCAAAGAGCAUUAUGAAUGUCGUUUCGAUGGCAGUUGGUCAGAUAACAACCUGAGUGAAAAGCAAAACUACGCCGAUCAAGAAAAAGAGAACGUUUCAAAUUACGACGAUCAUCAACAGUACCGAAGUCAGCAACAGUCACCGCAGCAGCAGCAGCCUUCACAGGUCAUCGACCCGUUCCUGGCCAUUCCCGAGCCGCCCGAGAAUCUCCAACUGCAGCAAUGUCCCAUUUGUUCGCGCAACUUUGUGCCAACGUCGCUGGCCAAGCACAUCGGCAUCUGCGAGCGGAUGCAGUCCAAGAAGCGUAAACCGUUCGAUUCGUCCCGACAGCGACGCGAGGGAACCGAACUGGCCUCGUACCUGCCAAAGAACUUCGGUCUGCCCCAGAAUCACCCGCAGACGCGAGUUUCACCACCAAAAACGACAAACCCCGUACGUAAACUGAGCACAAGCAAAACCCCAACACCGCAGCGCAAAGACUACGGAGACGGCGGCGGAAUGAACAACCUGAUGUCCACUUCGUUGACGCUAUCCAGCACCUCAACUCCAUCCGGAGCCGGUUCCGGCGCAGCAGCAGCAGCCAUGGCAAAUUCGUCGUCCACUACGCCACGGCCCACUCUGAAACGAAGUCUCUCGCAGCAGAACGAACCCUGCCCGUACUGUGAGCGAUGCUUCGGCUUCAAGGCGUACGAUCGGCACGUCGAGUGGUGCCGCGAAAAGGCCCUUCUCACCAAGAACGCCAACAACAGUCAGUCGAUAUCCGCCGCCAAAGAGAGGUUGCAGGCUCGCAUCCAGUACAAAGCGCCUCAAAUCAAGUCAAAGCGUGCCUUAAACCGGGAGAAGUACUCCGGCAGUCUUAGCUGUGGUGGCUCCACGAACAGUCUAGCGGAUUUGGAUCUCCCGCUGCCGAGGCACCGGAGUCAUCUGAACUCGAUGAGUUCCUCCAUUUCCAGUGAUAACAAAUCCGAUCACUCGGGAUCGUUGAAGAAAGUGUCGCCGCAUCAACAACAACAACUACAGCAUCUUCAGCAGUUUGAGCUGAUAGCCACGUCCAAGCAGCAACAAACCAACGAACGGAAAGGUCACACCAAAAAGCGUGAAAUCAGGGCCAAUCUGUUGGAGAACGAAAACUUUAUGCGCGGCAACAGCAACUGCGAUAGCAACAACAACAAUAACAACCACCACCAGCAUCACAGUCAGGGUAAUAAAAUUUUCAGCAAUAACCUGCUCAUUAGGCCCACGCAGGACGUCCGCCGGGAGAAGAAACAGGCGGUGACCGUGCAGAGGGUCGAUAAAUUGGAACUGAUCGGGCGUGGUGAUCAUCAACAGCAGAGGGUUCCACUGAAACGAGGCGCCACCAAGAUCGUAAAAUGCAACAAGAGCGGGUUUUCCCCGGAAAGGUAUGAUCCGUUCCUGUCUGCGAAGAGGCAGCUGGAAGAGUUGUUCUCACCAUCUUCCAGCUACAAUGCCUCGGCGUCUGCACGCCAACAGCAGCAGAACGGCAGUAGUAGUCGAUCGACAACUCCACUGACUCCGACAGCCAGCAGUAUGAGCAAAUCCGUAGUGACUCCGACGAGCAAGACUUCCCCGGUUAACAACUCGAACUUCAGACGAGCCUCAUCCCUUCGAAUGCCCCGGAAGGUGUCACGACCAAUGUACAUAGAGAAAGCCAAAUCCAACAUCCAAAAGGGUAUCACAGACGACGGGCCGGUUUCACCGAACUUCCUGAAGUCCUCCGAGUAUGACGAAAUUCCGAUCAAAUCGGCCUUCAAUGCGCUCCAAAUGGCGGAGAAGCCAAAAAUGCGCGACUCCAACACGGUGAGAAAGAAUCUCAAACUGGACAUCAAAGAUCCGAACAUGCCGGCCAUGGACGUUCCGCUGUCGAAGACGGAUUCUUUGGCCGUAUUUUUGAAAUACGAACACGAGCUGAAUCUGGCGGCGAUGAGCGAAAAAGACAUGAAAGACAAGAGCAACAGCUUGAGUAAACGGUCUUUGUCGCUAGGCGGACACGAAAGAAAGGAGUCGAUGCUCUACGGAGGAGUAACUGGCAACGGUAUGAAGCCUGACCAAUCGCCUCAAGACGAAAAAGACAAAGCGGACAAGAUCCUUCAAGACAUCCAACCAUUCAAAAAGCUUCAGCAAAAGCUUAUUCCGAUUAAGUUAGAACCUAUUAACAUAACCUACAGUAACAAUAGCAACGCUCAGAAGACUAAUAAUAUUGGCAACACUGGUACCAAGCCCAGUGUUAACACUAACACUAAAACCAGUAACAAUGUCACCAGUACCAAUACUACUAGCUCCAGCAAACCAACCGUAAUAUCACUUGAUGCUAUCCUUGGGAAGAAACCAAAACCGCCUGCUCCGCCUCAGCUGGAAGAAAAAGAGAACCGCAAAGAUCCGAACUAUAUCGAUCCGAAGCUGAUCAACAAAUGCGACAACCUUCCCAUUAUCGCUGCUACCAAACUAUCGCCUUCCGAAUCGGAACGAAGUACGAAAACGAUCGAAAUUUCCAAGAAACCGACAGAUUCGAACCGAUUAGCAGAAUCUUCCAACAGUUCACCGGAGAAGUCCGGUGGCGGUGACGGCGGAGGGCCAAAGCCAUUGCCGAAUAACCUUACCGACGAGAGUAGUACAAAAGACGAUUCUUACGACAAACGACCGGGUUUGAUCCGACAGAAUGGUACCGGUAGCUGUACUAGCAGCAGCAAUGGUAGCAGAGAUAGCAGUCGCGAAGAAAGCCCCGUCGAGCAACAGCUGAACAGGCCUUCGUUGCAACACCAAAGCCGUCUAGAAGAUAUCAAACCUUCGACGCCAGAUUCUGGACUGGAACGGACCACACCAAAGCCAUCUACUCCGAUUCCAGUCCAGCAGAAGCCCGAAAGACCGCCGCUACCUUCGUUUGACGACUUUGACUUUGACGAAUUCAUUUCAUCCUUCGAAGACGAAAGACGAUCCUUCAGAAAUGCCCUCUAUUCUCGUAAUACCAACCCUAACUUCAACUCCAGUAGUAAUAGUACCAAUUUUGUUCAGCAUACGAGCAACCGUAGUCUGUUGGAUAACAACAGUGUGAAGAGUGUUACUAGUUUGAACGGUAGCGUUAGUAGUACUAGUAGUCCUAGUCAUUUCAACCAUCCCAAUAGUUCCCACUACAACAGCCCUCUCAAUACCAAUGGUAGAUCUGAAGAAAAACAGACGUCGACGACUCUCCAUCCACAACAACAAAAGGAACCACCGCAGGUGCCACGACGGCGCCACAUCGGAGAACCUGCGCAUGCCCCGUCACACAGCACGGUCCGGAAUCUUCCCAGCCUACACGGCAAUAGCGUAGCGAAACCAUCAGAACCACCAACUCCGGAUAUCAUGUCACCAAAGGCCUUCGGUUCCCCUAACGAUUACAUCAACAACAACAGCAAAAAUAUAGGCUCGCUUACACGGGACUCCCCAUCGGCAUCCCGCCUUGGCAGUGGUAAUUCUUAUAACCUUCACCAUCAGCCAUACCAACAACACCAACAACAGCAGCAGCCCUCAACACCGAACAACAACUACAACACGAUUUCAUCACACAUCGUUCCACAGCCAUACACAGCCGGCCCCGGUUCGCCACUGCUAGACUACCGCGACCGGCACGGCAGCAAUAGUCGGCACCAGUCUCCACUGUUGUCGUCACCGUCGCCGUCGCCAGCUGCAUCCACCACCACUACCAAUGGCAACAGCAUCAGCAACGCCGGUAUUGGUGGACCUGCAGCCGGGGGCAAUAGUGGCAACGGCGGCAGUGGCGGAAGUAUCAGUUUCGAUGAUCUCUCUCCGACAGAGCGAGACCUGAUGAAGAGCGUCCAGGAGCUGGACCGGAUGUGCGAAUCGUCCUCGUCGAUGUAUCCGGCCGACUCGGACGAGAUGUCCAGCGUCGAGGGCUACCCGUUGAGUAAUUCUUCGCGGGGCGAUGGCCGCAGCUACCGAGGACCUUCGGCCGAGGGAUCGAAGUUUAGCGCUGAUUCGGCCUAUGGCAGCAGCUUGUCCCGCCAGUCUCCUCCGGAGCAGCAUCACAACAGCACGAUCCGCCGUGCGUACGGCCAUCACCGAGGUGGCAGCAAGUCCACAGCCGCCGCCAACAGCAACAACAACAGCAACGCCACUAGUCAACAGGAUCCGUUCGACAACUCGAGCGGUUCCGAAUCCUCCCUGCCACCAAUAACGGCCACGUUGAAAACGCAAAAGGCCGAACUGCAUGCCAGUGGCAGGGCGGUAGGAGGAGCUCCGCUGAAAAAUGCCACUCUGCAGCAGCAGCAACAGCAAAUGUCCAAAUUCUGCCACGAGUGUGGCUCUCGGUUCAUGAUCGAUACGGCCAAAUUCUGCAUGGAGUGUGGCAUCCGGAGGAUAAUGAUAGACUAAACUAUGUCAGUUUUUGUUUUAUUAUAUGCAGUUUUCUUUAAGACAAGUUUGUAGGAAAGCACACCGUCUCUAUAUUAGUUCGUUGAUUUGAGCAGAAGACAUUGUUAGGAUUGUGAGAGAAAUAACGAAGAAAAUUCUAGUGGCAUAACUUUUCCCUGAUUAACAUUCGUAAUCCUAUGUUUUGUAUUUUUAAUACAUAAUUGUUAAAAAAAACUCACUUUUUACGUUUGUUUCUUUUUUGAGUUACCAUUCGAUGAGCCCGAAUCAUGUAAAGCUAACAAAUGAUCAACCACUUUAGAACGAACAAAAUAAAUAGAUACACACAUUAAUUAACAAAGACUGAAUCUGCAAGUGUUUAGCAAAUAAAACCCUUGAACCAAUUGCACCAUCUUUCUCGAUCCAAGUAAGAUUACGUUUUUAUCUCUAUCCCAAAUUAGUAUGUACUAGAUAUGUACAAGGAAAGCAUGUUUUUCAUGCUGCGUGGUCAACUAGGAAAUGGACGGCCCAAUAUGGACCUAAAGUAGGAAACAAUGCGGUUGAUAACCAGUAAAUGAUAGAACUCAAUCGUUCGUAGGCGUUUCAAUUCUCAAAAAUGACUAUUGAGUAAAACCGAUGACUAAUUCUGAAGCAUGCCUUUCAAUGUACCUAUCGAAACAUAUUUUCAAGAAAAUGCACCGCAGCACCACACUUUGCUUUAGUCACUUCAAUAGGAGUUACAAACACAAUUCAGUUUAUUGCAGAUAUUAUUCAUAAAGUUUGCGAAAACUUCCCGUACCCAAAUAAAAGGAAAUAUAAAUAAAAAGUUCGAACAAAGUGUAUGAGCAUUGCUUCCCUUACAGUAACGUAAAAACAACUAUUUAUAUAAUUAGGAUAUUUAUGCACACGACAAAGUGUUGAAAAACGAUCAAAACGACAGUUGCACUGUGUAAAGAAUCGAAAAGUCGGAGGAAGUUUACGCUUGUUUAUUUUUUUUUUGUUUGGAUUUAUAACGAUUACUAUCGAAAGAAUACCGUAAUUGGGACCCCCGAAAAUUGUAGUAGGAUACACACUUGUGCAGUAACGUUAGUUAUGGAAGUCCAGUGUUUAACAAUGCAUUUUAACAAACAUAACAAAAGCCAAUACAUAAACGGAUGAUAUGAUGUACAGUUA